ACCAUUAAGCAUUGCAGCAGCAAUCAACCAUGUCGCCUUGUGUUGCUUGUUUGGUGCUAUUCGUCAUACCCAUCCUAACACCCCAUCACGACUCCGUCCUGCGGGAGAUCGCCGGCGAUGGCGUUUUCGCCGCUUGCCCAGUUAUAUAGCAAUUUUUUUUUUCCUGAGCUUAGCAGAGGCUCUGACGGAAUGAUCGAAGUGACCUUUGACAUCGUCCCAAAGUGUAGUCAACAUGUCCGUCGCCAAUGCCGGCAUCAUAGCCGCUGCCACCGCACCAGAGGCAGAAGAUCCCAAGAGGGAUGUUGAAGUCAACAGCCCCGGCGAUCUUGAGGAGGAAGACCGGCCGGUCGCCCCAGAUCAAUUCGAUCCGAAAUAUGAGACUUCGAAAUGGGAGCGUUGGGCCUAUUAGUGAGAUCGCUUCACGUCCCACCGAGCGUGUCGACUUGGGAUGAAGCUGCCAAUGGAUUGUCACUGACAGAGGCCCAGUUGCUACUACAUCGGAAACAAUGGAUUGACCCUCUUCAAUUUUGCGCCGACGUCAUUUCAGGACCUGCUGUACGAGGCUGCUGGUGACAGCGAGAGACUGCAAUUCUUGGGCGCCUACCGGACCAUCAACAGCAUCGUCUUACUUGCCAACGGCAUCUCCUUUGCCAUUCAAGUAGUCUUGUUUCUGUUGAUUGGGAGUCUGGCAGACUACGGGAAAUGGCGGCCGUACGUGCUCGUCUUCUGGUCGAUUGUUGCUUUCGCGUUAGGCUUUGGCUGGCUCGGAAUCCACACGCAAGACAAAUGGCCGGCUGCCACGGGGCUGUACAUGAUCGGUCUGAUUAGCUAUCAGAUGUGUAUCACCUUCUGGACAGCGGCUUUUCCGGGGCUCGCAAGGAAUACGCCUGAAAUGAGGGAGAAGGCGGUGCAAUAUGAGAACAGAGAGAUCAGCAGAGACGAGUAUGACUUUGCCGACAUGAUGGAGCGGAAUCGCAUUUACAACGUCGCAUUCAUCAUGCAGAGUGCUGGGGAAAUCGUCAUUCUUGCCGUGCUAGUGGGAAUCCUGUUCGCCUUGGACGUCAACGCCAGCGCCGCGAACAAUCUGUGGGGCCUGUCAGUUCUCAUUGCCUAUGCAACCGGUGUUUGGAUCGUGCUUGCGAUUCCCUGGUUCAUCCUGGAGAAGAGACGACCUGGGCAACAACUGCCUCCCGGAACGAACAUCGUCAGUGUUGGCUUCUGGAAUAUUUGGCGUGCCUUGGUGCAAAUCUGGGAGCUCAAGCAGAGCUUGCUCUAUCUUGUCGGAUAUUUCCUGCUGGGCGAUUCGCUGAACACAACGGUUACCGUAAUCGCUACUCUGCAAAACUCGGUUGUCUCGUACAACACGUUGACAUUGACCUACCUGCUCAUCGUGGGAAUUGCGGCUCAGGGUGCAGGCAUUCUCGCUUACUGGCUCAUACAAAAGCGCUACGGACUCAGCACCAAAACCAUGUUUGACGCUGUUAUGAUUGGAAUUCUGCUCCUUGACGGUUGGGGCAUGAUCGGGAUAUGGACGCAGUCGUUCGGUUUCCACCACGAAUGGGAAUUCUGGGUAUACCAAGCCUUCUACGGCUUGUUUGUGUGCCAGUGGUACGCCUACUCUCAGACGAUGAUAAGCGAGGUUACUCCCCGCGGCAAAGAGUUUUUGUUCUUCAGUCUUUACUCCAUCAUGGGGAAGACAAGCGCAUUUAUAGGGCCGAUUGUGAGCAGCGCCAUUAUCGACGCGGAUCCGAAGGGGAACAAUAGUCUGCCUUUCUAUUUCCUGUUUGGACUCACUGGGUUGAGUUUCCUGUUGUUGUUCUUUUUCGUGGAUUUGAAGAAGAGCAGGGCGGAGCAGGAAAGGUUUUUGCAAAGGGAGGAGGCCGCGAAACAACGCCGUGCAAGCAUCAUCAGUCAAGGAAGACCGAUUGACGACGAGGGGAGCUUCGAUGGCGACAGCAAAGCCGCCCAGAAGAGCGACGAAAUCAAGUCAUGAAUUUCGGGGGGAAAGUGUGGACGUGGCGGAUGAUAUACGAACCCGUGGCAGCCAGCUGAUCCUGGCGGCUACGGUUGGAAAGCAGGUGAAGCGGACUGGGGAUGAUGUUCUCUGUGGUCUACCUGCAGUUUUGGUCGUGACGAACGCAUGCUUUGGGAGUUCAAAUGAAUUAACCCAGGUGGAUGCGUGCCAUCGUACGAGUAUACUCGUCGACCUGAGCCGGCAUUCGGCCCUGUCACAACCCACUUGAUUACGCCACCUGUUGGGAUAGAAAUCCUUGCAACAAGGCCUCUUCACGCGGACGAUGUCGAGCAGCAGAGUCGUAACAACCCAUGGUCCAAAGGGACACCCAGGACCUUUGGUCCACCUCGCUUCCCUUUCGUCGUGAAACUGACCGAGAACCAGCAGAAUUGAACGAAGUCACCCAAGACACAAGCAACCAUGAGUCUAGACCAGGAACAUGAAGGUGAGUACCCUUCGGAAAAGUUCUGCUGCAACAAGGGCGCGGUUGAUGUCACGCUGGUGACGCCCUUGGACAAAACGACCAGCCAAAAAGGGAAAGUCCUUCCUCCAAGAGGAACGACACGUGACCUACUUACCCAGACAAGCAGUGGCAGAGAUACCAGUAUUAUUAGUUUAUGCGAGAGUAAGGUCGUCAAUACGAGGUAGAUGGUGUGUGUUCGUCCGAGGCGCAGCCCAGUCGUAAUUCAUG